AUGGAAGCCUUAUAACAAAUAUUAAAAACCUAAGGAACUAAUGUAACAAUAAUAGAUCUUGAAUUUAAAUCAAUUGAAAGUUUAGAGGAAUUAUUACCGUAAUUAGCAAAUUUUAGCAAUCUUAAAGAGGUAAAUUCUAAACAUUAAAUGUAGCUCAAUUUACACGGGAAUCGUUUGGCGUACUUGCCUGAUGAUUUAAGCCUGCUAGACACUGUCGAAGUUCUUGAUAUUUCUAACAAUAUUUUCUCUGAUUUAGGCUAAGUUGUAGAUGCUUUGUCAACCAUGCCCAAUUUGAUUCAUCUUGAGAUUACAUUAUAAUCAAAGGAGGAGGAACAAUACAUUUUAGAAUGCCUUACGAAUCUCCAAAUUUUGAAUUCUCAAAAGGUGAAUGGAGAUUAGGAAGGAGGUGAUGAAACCUUAGAAUAGUAAAGUGAAUAAUAAUCUGAGAGAUCCAUGAGUGCAGUUUAAGACAUUACACUUUAGCAGUAUGAUCUCGAAUAGAUGGCUAUUUUAUAUGAUAACAUAAGAGAGUACAAGAAAGAGGAUCAAGAAGAUAAACAAUUUGAUCAAUAAAUACGAACAAUAAUGCUUGAUCUGCAAUCGAAGUUAAAAUAAAACAAUCCUGAUCACUUAACCAAUCUUAACAUAUUAACAGCAAAAUUUAACUUAUAUGAAAUCUGCUUUAAAUCAAUAAUGAAAUACUUCAAAGCAAAUGACAAAAAAUUAGAUGUAAUCAUUACAAAAAUUCAUGAUAUGCAUUUCCAAAUUUUUAAUGAUAUGUCUAAUGUUAUUUCAAAUGUCAAACCACAAUCUAAAAAUACAUCCUAAAUCAUCGAGAAUAAAAAGUAAGUGAACCAACCACAACAAGGCGAUAAAACAGUUGAAAAUAGAUUAAGAUUAGAACUAUCAGAACUUUAAUAAUAAAAUGCUGAAUUAGAAAAAGAAAAUAAAAGAUAUUUAGAUCUUCUCAUUAAACAUUCAAAAGGGGAUAGGUCAUCGAUUCCUAAUUCAGAACACGUAAUAAAAUAAUAAAACGACUCCUAUCAAUCUUAAAACUAUUCAAAAAACCACCAAUCAUCCAGCAUUCAACAAAAUAAUACUAUUUUUUAGUCAAAAUAAUCUUAGAAUCUUAAUUCAGUGCCUUAACAAGUAAAUAUUAGACACUUGACAUUGAAACAAUUAAAAGAUGUUAUUAAUGAAAUAUAUGAAAGUAAACAGAAAUUCGAUUAGAAGUGUGCUGAUUCUAAAUUACCUCGAGAAACCAUGGAAUAGCAUAUGUAUACUUUUCUAAAUUAGAAAUAUGGACUUAAAAGUCUUAUAAUAGAAUGGGCUACAUCAAUAAUAAAUGCACUUAAAAAGUAUUCAGCAGAAGAUAAUGAUGUGGCUGUAUUUGGUAAGAUCCUUAGGAAUGAAUGCGAUGAAGAGUUUCGCUUUGUUUAGACCUAAGUCAAAAAUACUAUGCAAGAAUUAUUAAAAAUGUACCUAAGAGGAAAAUUUCCAUUGAAACAUUAAGCAGAGAUUAAGGAAAUGCUAAAUCAAAGAAUUAAUGGGCAACUUUAUGAGGAGGAAGCUGUGGAUAUUAUAAAAUAUAUGUACAAUUAAGAGGAUUCAGAAUUACUUCUAAACAAAUUAAAAUCAUACUAUAUAGUUCCUUAGAAAAAUCCAGAUAGGAGAUUAACAAGAGAAGAGCAAUUAUCUUUGCUUUAAGAAAAAGAUAAAUAUAAAUUAGAAUAUUCAGUGUUUCAGAAGAUAAUAUUAGAUUUCUAACUAAAGUCACAUGAGAAAUACUUGAAGAAAUUUAUUUUGACUUUUAAGUAAAUGGACACAGAUGCUAAUGGAAUUAUUGAUGAGAAUGAAUUUAGAAAUUUGAUUGAUAUUUUAAAUUUUGGAGCAGGAGAUCUUGACAUCUAAAAAUAUUUGAACAUAAUCGAUCCCUAUAGUCAUUAAUAAAUAACAUUUUCAUAAUGUGUGACUCUAUUUUCUUCAGAAUCUGUGCCUGGUUCUAAUGGAUAGCUCCAAAUACUAUAAAAGAUAUCAGAAUAAUGA